GAUAAAGCAGGCAGUGAUUGGCAGGGCUGUGUAGUUUAGGCUCUCACCAGUCUAUGCAUGUUCACAAACUGAUAGCUGAAUUCUGACAUAAUAAGUACGAGAAACGAUGGAAGCCAGCAACAAUGAGACGAGAAAGAAAGCAGAAGAUAAAAGUCACACUCUAAAUAUAAAUGUGACACCAGACACUGAUGCCUGCCUCACAGCGAGGGAUGCCCAGUCAUCCACAACAGUCAUUGUCCAAGGCCAGCCUGAACCUGACCCUUUGGUCCAACCUAGAGCCAACACGGAUGUGGAAAAUGCUAUUAAGCCAAAGCUCCAGAUAACUUUUAGCACAUUCACUGUCAAGAAUGGUGGAGAUAUAAAAGUAGAGAUCCCUGUUGUCGGGCACCCAGCACCAAAGAUUGAAUGGAAAAGAGAUGGUCAAGCAGUCAAGGAGACAUCCAGGCUAGAGGUUUUAAACAAGCCAUCAUUAACAGUUCUUCAUAUCAGACAUGCUGCUAGGGAGCACUCUGGUCAGUACUCUAUCAUUGCAAGCAACAGUGCUGGGAAGUAUUCGGGAGAAAUCACAGUGGUGGUUCUUGAAAAGCCUGACCCUCCAACAGGCCCUGUGAAGAUUGAUGAGGUCAGUUCUGAUUAUGUUACCAUUUCCUGGGCGCCACCAGAGUACACGGGAGGCUGUCAGCUAGACAACUACAUUGUGGAGAAAAGGGAAAUCUCGAGCACUGAAUGGCAAACUGUGUCAGCGACAACAGUAAGAACCAUGAUCAAAGUCACCAAACUGAAGACAGGAAAUGAAUACCAAUUCAGAGUGAGUGCAGAAAAUAGAUAUGGAAAGAGUACUGGAAUCAUCUCACCUAUUGUGAUUGCACAGUAUCCUUUCAGUGUGCCCACUGCUCCUGGCACCCCCUUUGCAUCCACAGUGACAAAGUACAGUAUGGUGGUUGAAUGGGAUCCUCCAGCCAAAGAUGGAGGAAGCCCAGUUAUUGGCUAUCACCUUGAACGCAAAGAGAAGAACAGCAUUUUAUGGACCAAAUUGAACAAGCUUGUGAUACCCGAUGCUCGCUUCAAAACAAGUGGACUUGAGGAGGGCAUUGAGUAUGAAUUCAGAGUCUUUGCUGAGAAUAUUGCUGGAAUCAGCCCACCAAGCAAAAUAUCUGAAAGCUAUGUGGCAAGAGACCGCUGUGAUCCACCAGGUAAACCAGAAGCUGUUGUUAUAUCAAGAGAGAACGUAACACUGCAAUGGGCAAAACCAAAAUAUGAUGGUGGAAGCACCAUUACAGGCUAUGUUGUUGAAAAGAGGGAGCUCCCAGAUGGCAGAUGGAUGAAGGCAAAUUUCACAAAUGUUAUUGAGAAUCAGUUCAAAGUCACAGGUCUGACAGGAGGUGAACAUUACGAGUUUAGAGUAACUGCUAAAAAUGGGGCUGGUGUUUGGAGUAUGCCUUCGGAAAGUGUAACCAUCAUUGCUCAGGAUGUUAUCGAAGGACCAACAGCAAUCGUUGAUCCAAAGUUCAAGACAACAUCUAUUGUCCAGGCCGGGGAGACAUUCAUCAUUGAUGCUGAUUACUUUGGAAAGCCCCUUCCCGAAGUCACUUGGCUGAAGGAUGGAAAAGAAAUUGAUAAAGUAACACCAAGAAUGGAGGUCAAAAACACCCUGACCCAUACUACUCUGACCAUCAGGGAUAGUACACGAGUGGAUGGAGGACACUUUCUCCUCAACCUCAGUAACAUUGGUGGAACUACAUCUAUCCCAUUUAAUGUGAAAGUCCUUGACAGACCUGGUCCUCCAGAUGGAUCUCUGAAGGUGAAAGUUGUCAGUGCAGAGAAAUGUAAUAUUUAUUGGAACCCUCCUGUAAAUGAUGGUGGUGCCAGCGUUUCCCACUUCAUCAUUGAAAAAAGGGAGACAAGCCGUGUUACAUGGACAGAAGUUGAUAAUCACGUUGAAGCUGUCAGUUACAAAGUGACAAAACUGGUGCCUGGGAAAGAAUACAUAUUCAGAGUUGCUGCUGUCAACAAAUUUGGUGUUGGAGAAUUUCUGGAAUCAGACUCCUUCAUUGCACAAAACCCUUUUACAACACCUAGUGCACCAUCUACCCCUACAGCAAGUGCUGUGACUGGUGAUUCUGUGGUGUUAACAUGGGAGAGGCCUGAGACUGAUGGAGGCUCAGAAAUUGAUGGCUACAUCCUGGAAAAACGUGACAAGGAAGGCGUAAGGUGGACUAAAUGCAAUAAGAGAAGACUGAAUGACUUGCGUUUCCGAUGCACAGGGCUCACAGAGGGACAUUACUAUCAGUUUAGAGCACUGGCUGAAAAUGCUGCUGGUGUUGGUGCACCCAGUGAACCAAGUGAGUACAUCAAAGUAUGUGAAGCCACCUACCCUCCAGGUCCUCCAACCAACCCAAAAGUGAUAGACUACUCCAGCAGAACUGUCUCUCUGACUUGGUCAAGGCCCAUCUAUGAUGGUGGCGCAGCCAUCAGUGGGUUUGCUGUUGAGAUGAAGCAAGCAACAGAAGAUGAGUGGAACACAUGCACACCAAGGACAGGUGUGGAGGACACAAACUUCACUGUAAAGGGACUGAGAGAAAAUGCAUCUUAUAAUUUUCGUAUAUGUGCUAUGAACGCUGCUGGAGUUGGAGAACCUGUGGAUCUACCUGAGACUGUGGUAGCUGCUGAAAAACUGGAGGCCCCAGAUAUUGAGUUGGACAGUACCUUGAGGAAGAUUGUCAGUGUUAGAGCCUGUUCAACCCUGCGCCUCUUUGUCACUAUAAGAGGAAGGCCAGAACCCGAGGUUAAAUGGGCCAAGGAAGGUGGUGUCCUCAGUGAGCGUGCUCAGAUUGAGGUAACAAGUUCCCACACUGAGUUACUGAUUGAAAAUGUCAAUAGAUAUGACACAGGGAAAUAUGUAUUGACUGCUGAGAACCAUAGUGGCUCCAAGUCAGCUUUUAUCAAUGUUAGAGUAUUGGACUCCCCCAGUGCACCUAUUAACUUAAAGGUAACUGAUGUAAAGAAAGACUCUGUCUCAGUUUCCUGGGAGGCACCUCUCAUUGAUGGAGGAUCGAAGAUUUCACACUAUAUUGUUGAAAAACGAGAGGAGGCUAGGAAGGCAUUCACAAGCGUGUGUAGCAACUGUGUGAGAAACUCAUACAAGAUCGACAGUCUCCAGGAAGGUUCCUGCUAUUAUUUCCGUGUCCUUGCUGUAAAUGAGUUUGGCACUGGCUUGCCAGCAGAGAUCGCUGAUCCUGUUAAAGUGUCUGAGGCUCCACUUCCUCCUGGCAGAGUCACACUUGGUGAUGUUACUUGCAACAGUGCAAGGAUCUCAUGGGAGAAGCCUGAUCAUGACGGAGGAAGCAAAAUCACAGGCUAUGUUGUAGAAAUGCAGGUGAAGGGAGACGACACAUGGACCACAUGUUCGGGAAGUAAAGCACAAGAAGUGACUGUUAAUGGGCUGGUGAAAGGAAAAGAGUAUUUCUUUAGAGUGAGUGCUGUGAAUGAAAAGGGAAAAAGUGAACCAAAGUCACUUUUGGCACCUGUUAAAGUUACUGACAGUAGUGCUCAGCCCAUUAUUAAUCUACUUUCCAACACAUUCACUGUGAGGGCAGGAAACGAUUUAAAGGUUGAUGUUCCUUUUAAAGGCGUACCACCACCUACUGCAGAAUGGAAGAGAGAGGGCAAUGAGCUGAAAGAGACAAGCAGGGUAAAUGUGCACACAUCUGACACAUCAUCCCAGUUGGUCAUUAAAGAUGCAAGCAGAUUAGAUGGUGGCCUGUAUGAGAUAACCGUGGCCAACUCAGUUGGAACCACAUCUGCUGAAAUCUGUGUAAAUGUUGUUGAAAGACCUGGACCACCAAGUGACCUCAGCAUGGAUGAAGUAAGUGCUGACUUUAUAUAUAUGUCAUGGCAGCCCCCACAUUAUACAGGCGGAUGUCAAAUUAAUAAUUAUAUUGUUGAGAAAAGAGAUACCGGCAGCACAUCAUGGCAAACUGUGUCAGCAACUGUUGCCAGAACAUCAAUCAAAGUUUCUCGUCUGACACAGGGUGCAGAAUAUCAGUUUCGUGUUGCUGCAGAGAAUCGCUAUGGGAAAAGCCAUUUUGUUGAGUCAGAACCUGUUGUUGCUCAGUAUCCCUUUAAGACUCCAGGUCCCCCAGUAAAUCUCCAUGUUGUAAGUGCAUCAAAGUCUUUCAUGCUGAUCUCAUGGAGAAACCCAGAGCAUAAUGGAGGAAGCCCUAUCAUGGGUUAUCACAUUGAAUGCAAAGAUCAAAGCAGUAUCUUGUGGACAAAGUUGAACCGAAAUCUUGUUACUGACAACCAGUUUAAGGUAACAAGCAUUGAAGAAGGAUUGAUGUAUGAGUUUCGGGUCUGUGCUGAGAAUAUGGCUGGUGUUGGACCAUGCAGUAAGGCAUCAGAGCCUGCAGCAGCUAGAGACCAGUGUGAUCCCCCAAGGAACCUCACACUCACCAAUAUAACUGACAGCUCUGUUUGUCUCUCAUGGGACAAACCAGAGUAUGAUGGUGGGGCUAAAAUAACUGGGUACAUUGUGGAGCGUAAAGAGCUGCCAGAUGGUUGCUGGCUCAAAUGCAACUUCACAAAUUUACUGGACACCUUCUUGGAUGUCACUGGCCUCACAGAGGGUGAACAAUAUGACUUUCGAGUGAUUGCUAAAAACUCAGCUGAGCUGUUUAGUGCACCCUCUGAAACAACAGGAGCUGUUACAGUGCAACAUGAUGUAGAGCCCCCCAAAAUUAUGAUGGAUGACAAAUUCAGACAAGCGGUUGUGGUAAAGGCAGGAGAGCUCAUAAGAAUAGAUGCUGACAUCUCUGGCCGCCCUAAUCCAACUGUGUUUUGGUUGAAGAAUGACAGAAAUAUUGGCACCACGGGAAGGGUUGAAAUAACUGCAGCAAAAGGGCAUACCUCUCUACUUAUCAGAGACUGUGUCAGAAAAGACUCUGGACAGUAUACACUGACCUUACAGAGUACAGGAGGUACAACAUCUAGAGCUGUUACUUGCAAGGUCCUGGAUAGGCCAGGACCACCUGCUGGACCCCUGGAAGUGUCUGGACUCACAGCAGAGAAAUGUACUCUGUCAUGGGGACCCCCGCAUGAGACAGGUGGAGCAGAGAUCUUGUACUACAUUGUUGAGAAAUGUGAAACCAGCCGUGUUUCUUGGAUAGUGGUGUAUGGUGACAUGAUGGCAACUACCUGCAAAGUAACCAAGUUACUCAAAGGAAAUGAAUACCUGUUUAGGGUAAGAGCAGUGAACAAGUAUGGUGAGGGCGAAACGUUGGAAAGUGAGGCAGUAAAGGCAAGUGAUCCCUUCACAAUCCCAUCUCCUCCAACGGAUGUUGAGGUCACAAGUGCAACCAGUGAUUCUAUGACUAUCUGCUGGAAGAGACCUGCCAGUGAUGGCGGUAGCCGCAUCAGUGGUUACAUCAUAGAGAAGAGGGAAAAGCAGGGUGUUCGCUGGGUCCGUGUCAAUAAGAAACCGGUUUAUGACUUGCGCGUGAAAGCCUCUUGCCUACAUGAGGGAUGUGAGUAUGAAUUCAGAGUUUUUGCUGAGAAUGCUGCAGGGCUAAGUGAGCCAAGUUCUCCAUGCCCACUCACGCUGGCAGAAGAUCCAAAGUUUCUACCUUCCCCUCCAGCAAAACCCACCAUAGUUGAUUCAUCCAGGUCCUCCAUCACUCUGUCAUGGAAUAAGCCGCUGUUUGAUGGUGGAGCAGCAGUCACUGGCUACAAAGUUGAGUACAGAAAAUCCACAGAAGAAGAGUGGACUGUUGGUGUUCACAACACAGAUCAAACUGAGCUCACAGUCACUGGACUCACAUCAGGGAAAGAAUAUGUUUUUAUUGUUAGAUCCAUAAACAAGAUUGGCAUCAGUGAGCCAAGUCCUGAAACAGAUCCUGAGGUAGCAAUGGAAAGAGAGGAAGAGCCAAGGUUUGAAAUAAGCCCUGAGAUGAGGAAGACCCUGCUUGUUAAAGAUGGAAGCUCCUUCACUUUGACUGUGCCCUUCACUGGAAAACCUGCUCCCAGUGUGACAUGGGACAAAGCUGGUGUGGACUUGAGAAUCAGAGGACUGAUCAACACUGGCAACUCUGUGACCUCUAUUACAGUGGAGGGGGCAACACGUGAUGACUCUGGCAAGUACACAGUCAAACUGCAAAAUGUUGCUGGAUCUGUGUCUUUGACCCUGAAUGUUAGGGUUUUGGAUUCACCUGGCCCACCAACAAAUAUUACAGUAAAAGAUGUGACAAAGACCUCUGCUACUGUAUGUUGGGAUAUCCCAGAGAAUGAGGGAGGAGCCUCUGUCAAGCACUACCUUGUAGAUAUUCGGGACAUCAGCAGAAAAGGGUGGAUGAGACUCACAGAUAAGUGCCGCCGACUGUCCUAUAGGGUGUCUGACCUGGAAGAAGGUGGAAUCUACUUCUUCAGAAUCACUGCAGAGAAUGAAUAUGGAAUUGGGGUUCCAGCUGAGACCAAGGAGGGAACAAGAAUGACAGAUACAACAGACUGGGAGACAGACCAAGGAGCUUAGCUCUUCUUUUCCUUCUGAGCCUGAUGUGACCAUCUCCUGAAACUUUUGAGAAAAUCUUUGACAGUUUUUCUCAUUUUUAUUCAGAAAAUUCAGAAAGCAGAUGCAAUAAGGUGAUACAUUACAGGAAGCUGAUUUUUUGUAGCUAUAAUGACAAUUUUGUUUCAUAAUGUUUCACAAGUAAAAUUUAUUAAAAACAAUUUUAAUUUUUAAAGUAAAAUUAUUGAUAUUGUUUGCUGUAGCUUUUUGCCCAGAUCAUAACUCUGGUGUUAAGAUCUAGAAUAAAGAUAACCUG